UCUCCUCUAUAUCUGCUUCUCUGUCUCUUUCUCUCUCGCGCUGUCCUUCACUCCCAUGCGCACACUCACUCUCUUCAUCCUCUCUUCCUCUUUUGCUGCCUCUGCCAUCCCUCAUUCUCUCCAUUACCGAGUGCAACUCUGUCCACCAGACAAUGGGAUCGACUUUUUGGGCGAGCGUGUGAGCGCGUUCGCAUGCAUGCGCGUGCGUGUGCGUGAGAGUGCGUAUGCGUGUGAGUGAGAUCGAGCGGAUGUGGGAUCUGUGUGAAAGCGCUUUCCUGCCAGCCCAACGGAUCCAGUGAGCCAGCUUAGCAAACCAGGCGUGCACGGAGCUGGGCAAGCGUGUGAGAGCGAGUGCAUGUGGGUCUCUUUCACCCUCACACGCUCCUCCACACGCUUGGGAUCCUAGGGCUUGGCGCCUUUCCCCCGGGACCCCCCCUGCACCCCUCUGUCUGUCUCUCUCUCUCUGCGGUCUCCUCUUCUCCAGCAGUCACCAUUUCGGCUCCCGGCAGACCCACGCUGGCUGCCCAGCCACUCCCGCGCCUCAGCCUGGGCAGGAAGACCCUGGUGGCGGCCGCCGUAGGGGUCAUGCUGGUGCUGGUGCUGGUGGUGCUCAUCCCCGUGCUGGUCAGCUCCGUGAGCAAUGACAACAGCCACUACGAGAUGCUGGGCACCUGUCGAAUGGUGUGCGACCCGUACCAGAACAAGGGCACCAGCACGGGCAUCGCCAGCACCGGUUCUUCUGUGCAGGCCGAGGCCGAGGCUCUGGCCGACCACAGCAACAUGCCUCCACCCUCCACGCUCCUCCAGGGGCCACAGGGGAAGCCGGGCCGGCCGGGCAAACCCGGACCUCCGGGGCCACCGGGGGAGCCAGGGCCCCCGGGUCCGAUGGGGCCCCCGGGGGACCGGGGGGACAGGGGCCGAAGCGGUGUUCUGAGUCUGGGCAAUGAUGGAGCUAUCAGCACGGUUACAUACAACACGCACCCGCGGGUGGCUUUCUACGCUGGACUGAAGAACCCACACGAGGGCUACGAGAUCCUCAAGUUCGACGACGUGGUCACCAACCUCGGCAACAACUACGAUGGCACUUCGGGCAAGUUCAUCUGCAGCGUGCCGGGCACGUAUUUCUUCAUCUACCACGUCCUGAUGAGAGGAGGUGACGGAACCAGUAUGUGGGCUGACCUGUGCAAGAACGGACAGGUGCGAGCCAGCGCGAUCGCUCAAGAUGCUGAUCAGAACUAUGACUACGCUUCAAACAGUGUGAUUCUGCAUCUAGACGCUGGCGAUGAAGUCUACAUCAAACUGGAUGGUGGCAAAGCCCACGGGGGCAACAACAACAAAUACAGCACCUUCUCUGGCUUCAUUCUUUACGCCGACUGAAUAUGUGAGCGCAGAGGAAAAGCAGUUGGAAGGAAAGAAAUACAGCGAAAGGAAAAAGGAAGUGAAAGAAGGAGCAUUUAUCAUCCCAAGCGCUUUAUUUUACCAGGAUCUCUGCAUUGCUUCAGCACACAUUGUUACAGAAAGAGACUCCGUGGAACGAGGGUUCGGUAGCUUCUCUUCAAAUCACCUUAGUGAUUGAAAAAAGACAAGGAAAUAAAGUGAUAAAAAUUGACGUUUUUCUCUUUCGGUGUUGAAAGGGCAUUCUUGUCUUUCUUGUUGUAAGACUCCAAGAGUGACUGGCAGAGAUCUUUAACCUCAUCCUCAUGUGCUGUUCCUCAGUAAAACUAUUUUUGCCCACAGAUACCUAAUGUUAAGAGUAUCCCUGACAACCUGUGGAAAAAAGUAAGUUACUUUUGAAGGAAAUGUGGAUCUGAUGGCAACUUAUGUAUUCUUAUAAUUCUGACGCUCGUGUCCGAUUUCUCCUUCACCUCUGCAUUGGACACAGCACCCCCUGUUGGCUAUUGUUGGUAACUGGUUUCCAUCUGCAUUGUUUUCGUAUGUGUUGUACUCUGUUGGGACUGCAGUAGCUGAUGAGCGUUGUGAAUGAAUGUUAUUCCUUACAAGCACUUGAUACUCAAUUUAGACAAUUGAUACUCUGCUACUCCCGCUUCCCAUGACACCUUUCCUCCCCUGUCAAUUAGCACUCAACCCUAAUCUCCCUCCUCUCAGUCACCUCCUGCCCCUCCAGAAACAGCAGAUGACUUAUAAUAGUCUAAACUCUUUUUUUUAAGAACAAGAUGGCUUAUGUACGCUUUAGCGUAUUAGUUAACUUACUGUAGAAUGAGUGGAGAGCCUGUGAUGGACACAAAAACAAUAUUUUUCUGAAGCUAAAUUAAAAAAAAAAACAACUAAAAAGUUCAAAUAAAAACAAC